AUGUCAUUCAAUAUCGAUGAUUUGAAGGGUGAUGAUGUUUUUAACUCAUUUUCUGCAGAGCAUUCAGUACCUUUUAGUGAUAACUCUGAUAAUGAAAAGUUACGCUCUCAAUUAGCAGAAUAUGAAAAAUUUCUUACGAUGUUAAACGUUCAAAUAGAAGAACGCAGGCAAAGAUAUGAUGACGAAUUAGCAAAAAUCAAAGAUACAAUUGCAGAACAUCAAAAGAAAUAUCAAUUCGCCUUAGAAGAACAAAAUCAAAUUCAAAUUACAGAAGAAAACCAACUUAGAUACCAAUUGGAGAAACAAUACGCAGAUAUAUCUACAAUUGGAACUGAUAAAGGCGAACAUCUUCAAAAGUGGAGUGAAAGUCAUCAUCAGAUCGUUGACUUGGAGAAACAGAUCGAAAUAUCCAAAUUAAAAACGGACAUAGUUCGUACACAAGGAACAAUGAUCGCAAAUGCGUUGACAACAAUUUUCCAAGAAAAUUUGUCGAAAACAGAAAAACUCAAUCAAAGGAGAGCAAUAAAAAGCACAUUAGAAUCAUUAGAACAUGAUGUAGAUCAAUACAUGCAAGACAUUUCCUUCCAAAAGGAUAAAUAUUCAAGUAUUAUCAACGAAAUACAGAAUACAAUGAAGAUCCAAGACCAAUACUUUGAAUUAUCCAAGAAGAAGAUAUCAGAGGAGAUAUCAAGACGUGAUAAAUUCUUUGCAAAACACAUUAAUACAAUUAAAGCUGCAAUUGAACGAGAAAACAAUCAGAUUGAUACAGAAAUCGCAAUAUAUGAGCGAAAAUACAAAUCUCUAUGCGAAAUCCGUAGGGAAAACAACAGAAAAUCAACACAAAUAAUUUCAAGAUUUAAUAAAGACAUAGUACGCUUGCAGGCAUCAUUAGAAUCAGCUAAUAGUAAUAAUGACAGCGAAUCUACAGUUACAUUUUCUUCUUUAACGAAAUCAGAUUCAAUAAGAAGAAAUUUAGACUAUUUGAAAUCAGAAGAAGCAAGAUUAGCAGCCGAACUUGAUUCAGUAUUGUCAGUACAGGACCGCGCUUCAGCAGUUCUCCACCAAAUCAUGAAAGAAGAAAGUUUUUCUUACAGCACUGUUGAUUACGAUUACAACCCAAGUCCAUUCAAAAUUCCAAUGAAAUAUAAUGUUUAG